AUGAAGAUUUUUAAUUGCAACAUUUAACAUAUAUAUUAUUAUCUAAAUCCCUUAGGAUUUAUUUAAAUAAAACUGUAAAAUUUGCUUAUUUUUGGCAUCCCAUUUAGGUUUUCUUUAACAAUCGUAAUCAAAUUUACUUUUUCAAUUUGUUUUUCCUGUUUCUAUUGUAUCGAAUCUUUUACUUUGAAAUUCUUGAGUACUAAUUUUAUAAAAAUAGCAGACUUUUAUCUAAGUGGGUUUUACAAUUGGAACAAAAUAGCAAUAUGA